AUGGAAAAUUAAUUACACUAGGUCUUUUUAUCGAAGAAAUAGGUUAGAAGUUAGAAUGAUAUAACUUAGGAAACAUGUGGUCUUUUUCCAAAAAAUGUUCUCCUCUCAGAAAUAGAGCAGAGUAAAUUUAAUAAUAGCGAAUUCUAUGAUAAGUAUGAAUUAUAUUAAAAUUUUGAUAAUAAUUAAGAAAACAUCGAAAUAAUCAACGAUCAGUAAAGAGUUUGUUAAAUAAUUAUUAACUUGCUUGAAAAUUCUUUAGAUUACUUAAAUAAAGUAAAUUUAAUCUCAAAAUAUGUUAAACUAUUAAUAAAAAUAGUUAAAGGUAAAGAUGAAAACUCGAACUUAAUUGAAUUUAAAGUUAUUAAUAAUGCUGAAUUAAAUUAUUCUAAAUAAGAAAUAUUCCUUGUUAAAGAGUCUUUGAAAGUAGAGAGAGAGAUUAAAAAUAACUAUUUUAUGUGGAAUUCUUAAAGUUGCUUAUAGCCUACUUAAAUGGGAUUGAAAUUAAAUUAGAAGAUAUUAGAAAAAACCUCACCUUAGAAUUUUAUGAAUAUAGCCUGUGAUGAUGACAAAAUAGGUUUCUCUUUCUAUAUAUUUUAAAAUUGUAAUAUUCUAUAAUAGGAUUACAAAUAGGAUUUCUAAAAUAAGCUAUUUGAUGAAAUUAGAUGUUAAUCUUAGAUUUAGAAUGAAAAUUCACAAUUUAAGAUUGAUAAUUCAUCAACUAAGAUUGAAGAAGUUUAAAAAUAAAUCAACUAGUAAAAUAUUGGUAAAGAUACCUUAAAGAUAUCCAAAAACAUAUAUACUGAAAAGGAAAAAAUUUAAAAGAAAAAAUUAACUUUCAGCAAUGAGGAGUUAAUUUAUAAUUAACCAAAGGAAAUCGACGAAACUUUUGAAAAAAAUGAGUCUGUAAUUGAUUAAUUUGAUGAAAGAGUAAAUAUAAAAGACUUCUAAGUGAAAGGUUUUAACUCCAAAAAUGCUGAAUCAUUAAACAAAUAACAGAAAAAAAACUCAUAAUAAUUUCAUAGUUGA